GGUAUAGCAGCACGUCAAGUCAACGGCCACAAAUGAGACCUUCACAACUCAGCGAUCGCUGUGGAUGUUUAUUCGGUUUUCUUAUGCAACAAUGCCUAGUAAACCGGUAACUUCUUCGUGGCUCCACAAGCGAAGGCAUUCGUGUGCCUCAGUUUCUGUUUUCCCGUCAACCAACCACAACACGAUCGCGCAAAGUCGGAAGCUUAUCCGACUCUUCAUAGCUUCAUACCUUUGUCAUCGAUGAUCGAGCCUACUUGUUAGCAAAAGCCUUUUCACAUCUAGUAAUCACUGGUGACCACUCGAAGCUGGAAGUGAUAAAAGUGAUUCGCGGCCUACUUAGUUUUCUCAAUUUGAAACUGUGACAAUGACUGUCGAGUGCGACAUUCGCUACGAUAACAAUCCCCAGGGGAUAUUCUACGUGGGCCAAACGCUGUCCGGAAGUGUCGUGCUGCGAUCAUCCGAACCAGAAACGGUGAAUGUCGUUUCUAUAAAAAUCGAGGGGUUCACUGUAGUGCAGUGGACCGAACGACGUCCACCUCACGGCAAACGCCACCGAUCGCGGCAGUUCAACGGACGCCAAGACCACUUCAAUACCCAGAUCAAUCUGCUAGGCUCUCAAAAUGCCCCAGCAAUUACCAUACCUCAAGGAUCGCAUGUUUACAACUUCAACUGCCCUCUUCCCGAUUCACUCCCUACUUCCUUCGAAGGUCAGUAUGGCCACAUCCGGUACACCAUCACAGUUACGAUCGACAGGCCUUCACAGCAGACUACCACAUACCGUGAAGCUUUCACAGUACUUCGGGCCGUCAACCUCAACGACACUCCUUCCCUGAGAGAACCGAAAAAGCUUGAGCUAAGCAAAACCUCCGGUUGGUGGAUCUUCAAAUCUGAUCCCAUGGACAUCACAGUUGAGAUCCCCGGCACCGGUUACGUCUCGGGCCAGAGCAUUCCCGUAGCAGUUCGGUGGAAAAACAACAACGGAGCCAUCCGAGGCAUCCGAAUUAAGCUGUUCAAGCACGAGACCUAUUCGGCCACGGAACCUUACGAGAAGUCCCGAACCGACUCACAGAACGCGGUGAAAAUCGAAAACCGAGACCACCAGCAGGAUGUUGAGGGGAAAUUUGAGAGGAAUCUCCUAAUUCCUUCGCUGCCGCCGAGCAGCGUUAGCCCGCUCAUCACCAUAGCUUACGAGCUCGCCGUGUACGUGCACCUCUCAGCCGACGAUGUUCCGUCGUUCAAGGUGCCCAUCACAAUCGGGACGAUUCCACUGAUGGCUUUACCACCAUCCCUUAGGCCACCGUCCGGAGGAGAUGAUCCGGAUCAACCACCUGGUUAUCCUCCAUCGUACGGGUUCAAAUUCGCUGGGAAUCCAUCGGAUAUGCCCACGGAUAAGGCCGGAAGCUCUACCGCGUCGACGGCAACCCAACCAGGCCCGGGACCAUCAACGAGUCAGGCUCCCGUGCAGGCGCAUGAUCUACCCCCUCCAACGUACGAAGAAGCGAUGAGUACCGUGACGAACACCGAAGGAGACGAAGGCCCAGCCCCCAUGGAUUCCAAUAAACCGUUCAUCCCCCUUUAUCCCGUGUACAACUUCGGUGACCCAGGUCCAGAACAGCAAUAAUUGUUCAACCAACUAGCUUAGUGUAGGUUUAAGUAGUAGCUACGCAAUUUCUUAUCUCCGAUAUGUACUUAAUGGAAAACAAAAGUGUGCUAUUAGGGUGGUGUACCCGGGAUUUAA